UUCCAGCUGUUUUUUUCAUUUGCGAUUUCAAUUCUUAUUUUCAUCCUCCGUAACUUCUCUUUGCAUCUCAAAGAAUUCUCUUUGCGUCCCAAUUCGGUGGAGAAGGAAGCUUCAAGCUUCACCCUUAAUCGCAAAGUAUCGUGCACUACUAGCUUCGAGGCGUUCUGGUUCUGCUAUUGUAACAUUUUCCCAAAACCUAACUUCGAGUAGUUAUAACCAUCAUCCGGAAACCCUAGCUCCAGAAUUUCCUUCCUGACGUCCUAGUCGUCGUCGUAGUCACCGGUAACUCCAUCAUAGUCGUCAUAGUCACUGGUAGCAUCGUCGGCGUCUUCAGCGUCGGGGAAGGAAACGGGGUUGUUGUCGAUGCGGACGAAGACGCGGUCGGAUUGGGAAAAAGAAGAGUCAGAGGAGUCGCGAGCGAUGAGUUGGAAAGUGGUAGAUUUCUUCUUGUCGAUGAACUUCUUCCUCCCUCCCAUUCUGCCUUCCAAUUGUUCGACAAAAGGAUAGACUAACAAUUACAAAGUGUGUCAGUGUUUCGGUAACGGUUGGGCGGCAGUGUUUGUUGUGUUUCUCACAGUGCAGCUCUCAACCUUUGGGUGUUAAUUGCGAUUUGAAAAUUAGAACAAUGGUGAGACAUUGUUCCCGCUGAUGCAAAGCCAUGGUUGAUUGCUUAAUGCUCAAAACCAAACCCUCAUCUGAAGUCCAGAAGUGGUCUGUUACUGAAGCAAAUAAGGGACUUUCAGAAAUUCAAGGUCUACUUGAGUUGUCAAUUCAGAAGUCUUCUUGUGAACAAGAUUCUCACAAGGAUAUGUUGUUUGUGUAUAUGAAAGGACAUGGGAAAUUUCCUCUUUCUGCAUCUGCUAUAGGGGUUCGUUCUUUUGAUUUCUUAGGGCUGGGUUACCAUGUGCACUGGCCACUCAGUGUUGUUUUAACACCUGCCGCAUUGAAAAUAUAUGCUGAUAUAUUCAGCUUUUUGAUAGAAGUGAAGCUUGCCAUUUUUUCAUUGACAGAUGUCUGGUGCUCAUUAAAGGAUUUGAUGGACGCAACCAACAAAGAUAAAAAUUAUGAACUACAACUUGAGGCAGGGCAUCUUAAUAUAUUGAUGAAGAUGAGGCACCAGAUAAACCAUUUUGUAUCUACUCUGCAGCAAUAUGUUGAGUCACAAUUAUCUCAUGUAUCAUGGUGCAGGUUUCUUCAUUCCCUUGAACAUAAGGAUUUUGGAGUACAAAGGUGUAAAUGUUGAAGGAGAACUUGUCCAAGCCAUUCAAGCUGUUGGCUCGGAAAUUGGAGAUACUACCUUUCGUCAGAUGAGAUUCAUUAUUAGAGGACGAGUUCUCAUUCAUAAAGAUGAUGACCAUCCUGAUGAAGAUGAAGAUGAUGACAUCGAUACUCAUAUGGCAGAACCAGUUAGUGUUGCUGCUCCUUCUGAUGCUGGUCCAUCUACCAUGCCCUCAUCCUCCUCACUCUCCAUGGAAGAACAUUUUGCUAGAUUAUCUAAGCAAUUAGAGGAUAUGAGUCUAGCACAAAGAACACAUUUUGAGGAGAUUUAUGAGUGGCAACAAUCUAUUGAUGAGUACAUGGUUGAUCAAUUUCUUGAUCUUGAUGUUCACCUAUCUAACAUCGAGAAUCAUCUCAACCUUCAACCUCUAGAAAGAUCUCCUAGUCCUGAGUUUUAGAUGUAGGUUCUAUGUUAGCAUGUUUUGUUGUUUGCUUGCUAUUUCAUCUAUGUUAUAAUUCUGUCUUUUAUGUUUCUUCUUAUAAUGUAAUCCUUCUUUUCAUAAAUAAAAUGAUCUCUUGAUUA